AUGAAGCUGCUCACCCACAAUCUACUGACCUCGCACGUACGGGGAGUGGGGCCCCGCGGCUUCCCACUGCGCCUCCAGGCUACCGAGGUCUGUAUCAAUACCGUGGAGUUCAACCCCGACUUCGUAGUGCGGAUGAUACCCAAGGUGGAGUGGGCGGCGCUUCUGGAAGCGGCCGAUACCUUGCAUCUGGCCGAAGUCCCCAAAGGGCCAAUUGAGGGAUAUGAACGCGAUGAGGAUUUUCUCAGGAAGAUGCACCACGUGCUGCUGGAGGUGGACGUGUUGGAGGGCACCCUGCAGUGCCCAGAGUCUGGACGUAUUUUCCCCAUCAGCCGCGGGAUCCCCAACAUGCUGCUGAAUGAGGAGGAAACUGAGAGUUGA